CAAUUUGUCGUAAUAUAAUAAUACGUAGUAAUUACAAUAAUACGUCAAUGUCAAAAUCAACUCUAGCUCGACCGAAAAGUUGUAGCUUGUGUAAUUUUUUAAUUAUUGUGGAUUUGUCAUUUAUAGUAAGAUAUGAAAUAAGAAUUGACUUUAGAAUUGUAAAAUAAAAUUAAUUUUUAAGCCGUUGCAGCGUACAAGUCAAGAAACCCUUUAAAAGUUCUUGGUACUAGAUAAAAACGCUUUGUUUUCAAAACGAUGGGCGAUAUCGUUUUGGAGGUGGAAAAUUUAGACGAUGCAGUUCGUCCAUCGAGACCGUCUCUAGCACAAGUGAAGGCACUCAUAGAUUUCAUCCAGAAACACCCUGACCUGGCCCAUAGAAAACUUCGGAAUGGUGUGAGUCGACAAAAAGUAAAGAAAUUGUGGGUACAAUUUUCUAAUAUUGCAAAUUCUAUGGAUGGAACUCUUAAGUCUACUAAUGGAUGGAUCAAGUACUGGUCAGACAAAAGAAGAAGUAUCAUGAUCAAACAGAAGCAAGUAGAAGAAGGGAAGGUAAAUGAUAGUCUUGCUCCUAUAGAGCAGAAAAUUUAUGAUUUAUGUCAGAGUGUUCCACCAGGGACAAAGAAAAAGAAGGGUAUAAAAACAGAGCCAUUUAAUGGUGAUGAUGAUGAAUCAAUGGACGAACUAUUCCCUGAUAGUGACGACCUGGAGCUGACGAACAUGGACAACAGUAGAUUGAUGCCCACGGAUAGUGAGGAGAGGCAACUAAGUAUGAUGGAAAAGUUGGUUGAAGUCAUGGAUCAACAAGCUCAAGCAAUAGCACAGGUGGCGCAAGCUACGCAUAGUAACUCAAAAGCGUUAGAGAAAUUAGCUGAUGCGUCUCAUGUGCAGGCGUUGGCUGUGGAUCGACUGGCAGGGACAUUUGAGAACAUAAAUUCUUCGGUUCACGAAGUACGAAACGCGAUUGUCAGCAUCGACUAUACCAUGAAGCAAUAUUAUUCAACUUCCGCUACUCAAAGACAGACUUCUAAUUUAUUUAGCUAGGAGCUUCUUUAGCGUGUUACUUGGAUUGAAAAGUGAUCUCUGGCUCUUCCUGACUACGCUA